AUGGCAGUCGCAUUCCCAAUUGCCCUGACUAUCUUCGCCACGUUGACUAUUCGCUUUCUCGCAAAAGCGCGAAAGCGGAGUAGUUCGCUUCCACUGCCUCCGUCCCCUAAAGGACUGCCGCUUCUAGGUCACAUCCUAGAAGUACCAAAGGAGUACGAAUGGAAGAAAUAUAGCCAAUGGUCGAAACAGCUUGACACCGAUAUCAUCAGCUUGAAUAUGAUGGGAUCCACUGUUAUCGUACUGGACUCAUUGCGGGCUGCCGAAGAUCUAUUAGCAAAGCGAUCUUCAUUAUAUUCUAGCAGGCAAGCAUCUCUCCGUAUAUUUCUGGUGGAUGGGCGUCUGAUGAUUGAUCUGUUGCUGGCUUUGGCUGACCCCUCGAUUAAUGUUAGGAUGAAAUGCGACUGGUUGCUUACGGUCCUUCCUUAUGACGAUCGCUGGAAAGUGCGUCGCAAGAUGCUUCAAUCAGAGUUCAAUCACGUCGAGACGAUGCGAUAUCAACCACACGAGUCGAGAUAUGCAAGGGAGCUGCUGCAACGAUUGCUGGACACGCCGGAUCAGUUUAUGGAGCAUAUCAAAUAUGUGACCGGCGCGAAGAUCCUCUCUAUAUCCUACGGCAUCGAUGCCAAGCCUACCAAUGACCCCAAUAUUUCCCUCGUAGACGAAGCCGUUGAUGUCAUCAACAGGGCCGCUAUUCCUGGCGAAUAUUUGGUCGAGUUACUCCCUUUCCUACUGUGGGUGCCCGACUGGAUGCCGGGAGCUGGCUGGAAGCGAAUGGCGAAGAAGUGGAAGAAAAUCACUGAUGAAAUGCUCGAGAAGACGUAUAUGCGAGCGAAAGAGAGCACGGCUCAGGGAGAAGCCAAACCUUCGUUCAUGUCCUAUUGUCUGGAAAAGAUGGACCUGGCGGAGAACACGGAAGAGCAGGAACAAGUGAUCAAAGAAACCACCGCUACCCUUUAUGCAGGCGGCGCGGAUACAACAGUCUCGGGCCUAUACACAUUCUUCCUCGCCAUGCUUUUAUAUCCUGAAACUCAAGCCCGCGCUCAAGCAGAGUUAGAUGAGGUUCUCGAUCGCAGUAGGCUUCCUGACUUUGGUAACGAUGAAUAUGAACUGCCGUAUAUCAAGGCAAUAGUGUUAGAGGUAUUAAGGUGGAUGCCUGUUACGCCUUUAGGUGUACCACAUCUCGUUACGCAAGAGGACGAAUACAAAGGCUAUCGAAUUCCGGCUGGCUCUAUUGUAUUUGCGAACACGUGGUCAAUCCUACACGAUGCAGCCGUCUUCUCGGACCCAGAAGCGUUCAAACCUGAAAGAUGGCUCAACAAAGAAACGGACGCAAACGGCAACGUGAAAUGGACAAUCGAUGAAGGCCAGUUCAAGGAUCCAGAUGCUGUGUUUGGGUUCGGUCGACGCAUAUGCCCAGGCCGCCAUUUGGCUGUUUCGUCCCUUUGGAUCGCAGCGUCUACCAUUCUAUCCGUGUUCAAUAUCACCAAGGAGGUAGGCAACGACGGAAAAGAGGUGGAGCCCAGGAUGGAGUACAACAGCGCGUUGAUAUGCCACCCUAAACAGUUCAAAUGUUCGAUUAAACCACGGUUCCCUGAAGCAGAAGACCUUAUUCGCGCUUCUAUACACGAGUAUUAA